AUGGAAUAUAAAGAGGAUACUAUUAUUCUUUGGAAAAUAUUUGUUUGUCUUAGUUGUUUGAUUGUUAACAGUAAUUGUAUAUCAUCGAAUAUUGAACCAGAAAUAAUUUCAACACAAAAUGAAAUAAUAACUUAUGUUAAUCAUACAGCAAAAUUAUCAUGUAUUAUAGAAAAUCGAAAUCAACGACAUGUAACUUGGUCUCGUGUUAAUUUUAUAAAUGAAACUCAAAAAUUACAAAAUCUUUUAUAUGUUGAUUUACUUAAAUAUACAUCAUCAAACCGUUAUCAUUUAACACAUUUAGUUGAUAAAGAUAAUCGAGAUUAUUUAAAUCUUGAAAUACGUCAAAUUGAUAUAUCUGAUCAAGGUUAUUAUUCUUGUUUUGUAACUGCUAUUAAACCAAUAUCAAAAAUAUUUCAUAUUAAAGUUCUUGAUAAUAAACGUAAUCUUUCAGUUGCUUUACGUUCAACAUUGGAUAUCGAACGAGAAAAAAAACAAAAUAUGAUUUCAUCAUUAUCAUUAAACAAUUUUUCAAUGUUUAACAUUUUUCUAAUUAUUAUUAUUAUUAUAUUAAUUAUAUAA